AUGGGAAGAGUGAGCGAGGCCCUGCUGCUUAAGGAGCAUCUCUUGGGCCAGUUCGCCCUGUUUGACGGCUCCUUGCAGGGCUUGGACCGCGCAGAGGAGGACACUGUCGUCAGCACAGCACAUCCAGCCACGACUCCCGCGAAACCCGCACAGCCACCGACCCAGUCCUCCGUCGACAUCAAUGGCGCCAGCUACAAGACCGACUCCUGGUUCAACACGCCCCCCAACAUCAUUGCAAACGUCCCGCGCCGCUUGCAUCUCCAGAAGGACCACCCCGUCUACGUGACGCGCCAGAUCAUCGAGUCCGUCUUCCCCGCGCCCACCUACAAGUACCACAACACCUUCGACCCCGUCGUCACCACCCACCAGAACUUCGACUCGCUGGGCUUCCCCCUCGACCACCCGGGCCGCGCAAAGUCCGACACCUACUACGUCAACGAGUCGACCCUGCUGCGCACCCACACCUCCGCCCACCAGGCCGACCUCUUCCGCGCCAACCUGUCGCCCGGCUACCUGAUCAGCGCCGACGUCUACCGCCGCGAUGAGGUCGACCGGAGCCACUACCCCGUCUUCCACCAGAUGGAGGGCGCCCGCAGCUGGGACCGCGCUAAUGCCCCGGGCGGCGACGUCGCUGCCGCCGUCUGGUCGGACCUAGAAAAACUGCCGACUCACGCCAUGAAGGUCGAGGACCCCAACCCGCCCUUCCACGCCGAGCGCAACCCCCUGCAGGACGACCACCACUCGGCCGCCGAGGCCGAGGCCAUCGGCGCCCAUCUGAAGCGCAGCCUCGAGCUCAUGGUCGUCGAGAUCUUCAGCCGCGCCGCCCGCGCCGCCAAGAGGGCCGAUCCCGACUUUGUCGACGAGCCGCUGCGCGUGAGAUGGGUCGAGGCCUACUUCCCGUUCACGAGCCCGUCCUGGGAGCUCGAGGUCUACUACGGCGGGGAUUGGCUCGAGGUGCUGGGCUGCGGUGUGGUCAAGCAGGACCUGUACAUCAAUGCCGGCGUGCCGAACCAGCUCGGCUGGGCCUUCGGCAUCGGGCUGGAGCGAAUCGCCAUGCUGCUCUUCCAGAUCCCCGACAUCCGCCUCUUCUGGUCACAGGACCCGCGCUUCUCCAACCAGUUCGUCGGCGUGUCGGACAACCUCGACUCGCUCAAGCGCUUCGUGCCCUUCUCCAAGUACCCCGGCUGCUACAAGGACGUAUCGUUCUGGCUCAAGUCCACGUCGGCCGCGGGGGGUAGCACCAAAGCCAACGCCCAUGGCUUUCACGAGAAUGAUCUCAUGGAGAUCGUCCGCAGCGUCUGCGGGGAUGUCGUCGAGGACGCCAAGGUCGUGGACGACUUCACGCACCCCAAGACGGGCCGCAGGAGUCUAUGCUACCGCAUAAACUACCGCAGCCUUGAGCGCACGCUGACGAACACCGAGACCAACGAGCUUCACGACCGGCUUACGCAGGCCCUGGUGGAGAAGCUUGGGGUUGAGAUUCGAUAG